CUAAAUUGCUGCAUUUGUCGACUACCGUGGGUUUUCAUAAUUUUAUCUAACGAAAUUAAAAAUGGAUAAAGGUGCAGACGGUUCAUUACAAGCGAAAGAAGUACCGUCAAAAAGAAAGAAACGUAGUGCAAUAUGGAAUUAUUUCACAGAUGUUGGCGAUUGCUCCGCACAAUGCGAUUGUUGCAAACAGUCGUUCAAAUGUCCGCGUGGCACUACAACAACACUUCAGAACCAUUUGGAGGCAAAACAUGCUGUGUUGUACAAGGAACUAAUGAAAGACAAAGAAAAAAUUCAUGAGCUUGAAGGAACUUGUGCAAAAAAAAAACCAGUGCUGCAGCCUACUUUAACUGAAAUGUUCAGAAGUACGCAGAAGAUGUCACCAUCCGACCCUAAAGCACAGAGCAUAACCAAACAAAUUGCCAAAAUGGUGGCAACAGAACUUUUGCCGUAUGAGUUUGUAGAAGGGUGUGGAUUUAAAGAGUUAAUGGGUCACAAAAAUGUUGCACCUACAUACACAGUACCAUGUAGAACUACAUUUUCUGAACAUUAUAUUCCAGCUCUUUAUGAGGAAACAAAACACUCUCUCAAGAAAAUGCUUGUACAAGAUUUACCAACAAUAUCAUCCAUUGCAUUUACAUCUGAUGGCUGGACUUCUCGCUCAACUGACAGUUACAUUAGCCUUACCUGUCAUUAUCUCCGACCUGACUUCACGUCUGUGUCAUUUGCAAUGAGUAACACUGUUGUAAAUGAAUCCCACACAAGUGUUCAGGUGGCUACUACCAUAAAAAAUGUUCUUAUUGACUGGGAAAUUGAUCCAGCAGUGACAUCUAUCCCAUUAUUCUGCAUCACUGAUAAUGCCCAUAAUUUCAGACAGGCUUCUGUGUCAUUAUUUAAAGAUGGUUCCAGAUCAUGUUUUGCUCACACCCUUCAAAUUGCAAUUGAAAACAGUAAGAAUGAUUGCCCGGGUACAACCACACUUCUUAGUAAGGCCAGGAGUAUAGUUGGUCAUUACCGAAGAAGCACUCGUGCUAGGAAAAGACUUCACACAUUCCAGGAACAGUUGAACAUGCCAAAACUAGAAGUAAUUCAACAUAUUGAUACACGUUGGUGUUCAGAGUACCAAAUGCUCAAGAGACUGCUGGAAAUGAAACCUGCUCUUGUAGCCGACCACGUGAACUCUGGCGAUACAGACAUGCUGACCGCCUUGGAAUGGAAACAUGCUGAAAACUUUGUUCAAGUUUUACAACCACUUGCAGAAGCCACAGAAGAAAUGAGUGGAAACACUUAUCCAACAUUGUCCAUGAUCAUUCCAGUACUUCACUGUCUUCUUUGUAACCUUGAAUCACACAUCACUGCCAAAAAAGAUGGCAUGACACUUGCAAGAGCAUUGCAUAAAAAUCUAAAGUCAAGAUUUCCGAACUACAUGCAAGAACCCCUACAGCGUGCUGCAAUGUUGGUUGAUCCAAGAUUUAAAGGAGUGCUUCUAUCUACAAUUGAAUCGGAAGCCAUUCUUUUGUCAGAGAUAAAAAGUUUAAAAACUGAUUCCAAUCCUGUACAAGAGGCUAAAUCUAGCAUUCCAAACUCUGCACCAACAUCUUCUCUAUGGGCUGUCUUCGAUAGUAUUCCAAUGCAAGAAAAUAAAGAUUAUGAUGAAGGAGAAGAAGAAGUGCGGAGGUACCUAAAAGAACCUCGUAUCAACAGACAUGACAAUCCAUUAAAUUGGUGGAAAAAUGAAGGUACAAAGUACCGAUAUUUAUCCAAAGUAGCUCUGAAGUAUCUGGGGGUUCCUUCCACACAAGUAAAUUCAGAGCGUCUCUUUUCAGCAGCUGGAAAUGUUGUUUCAGCACGAAGAGAAAACUUGCUACCUCAGCAUGUCGAGCAAUUGGUGUUUUUACAUGCCAACUUGAAAUAAAAGCUAACCUGUUGACCGGAUAUAAGAGCCUAGUGUGUAAAUCUUUCAAUGGUGUUUUGUGUGUGUAUAGUAUUAGUCAUUUUUAAAUAUUUGUAGAACAUACUUCGUUUUGUUUGUUCUCCAAUUGAACAUGGGGGUUAAAUAAUUUUUCCCAGUGUUAUAAAAAUUUAUUAAACUUAAAACAAUGAAAACUUUUUGAUGAUUGAAAAGAACAGUGAUUAAUUUAAGAUGUGCAAUUGUGUACAUGUACAUGUUUUUAUGUAGAGAUUUUUCAAAAUGAAUUACAUGCUUCAUGUUUGUAAAUAGAACUUAAAUUAAAGCUGGAAUUUUAUUUAAUGUAGAGCAUUUUUACACUCUGUAUUAAUGGGGGUUGAAAGUUGAUAUUAAAAAUAAAAACUUUUUUUUUUUAUGGUUUUGAAAAGCAACUAUUCGCAUUCGAUUCGAAUUCGCACAAAUAGUUAUUAUUCGCUUCGCAAUUCGCUUCGCAAUGAAAAUUUGACAUUCGCACAUAUCUAAUA